UACGUCAGUCGUUCAAUGACAGCGAUAACGUAUCAAUAAUUAUCACACGAAGUAGUAAUUUACGAUAUUUUAACGAAUGUAAUGUGAAGAAGUAACGAAGAAAAAGUGUAAAAUAGUCGCUUUGGAACAAAUUUGGGCCUUGGAAAACCCGUGGAGAUUUUGGUUGUCUCGAACGGCAUCCCUUUUAAAAAAUCUUUAUGAGUUUCCAGAUGGAUUUUGAAACUGGUGAAGAUAUAAGUUGCGACGAGGGUUCCCCUGAUCAAGAAACUGGAGAAACACCAGCAUCACCACAAAAAAAUGGAGAAACUGGCGAAUAUGAAUAUUUCUAUAGAACGUAUAACGUAAUACAAAAAGUGAAAGGUUUUAAGAUCCCGUCUCAUUUGAUUAAACGGGACCUGAAGAAAGAAGUUAACAAUACGAAUCAUGAAGAGGUGGAGGCUAGAUUGGUGUUUACAGGCGUGAAGCCACACAGCAAAAUCUUCCUCUUUAUUAUGCCGACGUUAACAUUAAUCAUUCCAGGAUUUAUUGUUGUACUGUUGGUUUUGGAGAUGAUUUUACAUAAAUGGGCUCAUAAGAGAAACGAGGAUUUGCUGAAGGAUAAUAUUAAUAAUAUUUACUAUCAGAGUCCCUAUCACGUUGUAGCCCGCGAAUUUUGUCCGAGGUGUCGUACUGAAUCGCUUACUGAUAAAAUUGCAAAAUUACAAGAUCAACGUACAAGAAGGUUGUUUAUUAAUUACGGGUGGGAUUAUGUUAAGCAAGUUGUUUAGAUUAUUUUUAUUUUUUUAAUUGGAAAUAAUUUUUGUUCUUGGGAUAGUUAAUUGGUUUUUUUUUAUUAGAAGAUAAGAAAAUCAUUAUUUCUUACUGAAGUUAUUACACACUUUUAAUAUUCCGUUGUUUUAAUGUUUUUUUUACAAGCAGAUUUUCAAUAUAGUCUGAUAAAGUUAGCCAUCACACAAAUAUUUUUUUAAAAAAUGUUACUUUCAUAAAGAUUUUUGCGCACGCAAAAUGUUUUUCAGUGUAAGAUAGUCAUGAGUUACCUAUCUACAAUAUAGAGAAUCAUUUUAAUUUUUCAAAUUCACCUUUAAGAAUAUAAAUUACUAAAUAAUAUUGUAAAUCCAUUUUUUCAAAUGACAUUACAAUCCCUUUAAUGGCGAGAAAUUAACCUCAUAAUAUACCUAAUAAGUUAUAUAAUCAUAGUUUAUUAGUUAUUUCAUUAUUGGCCAAUGUGUAAUUCCCAAGAAAUUUGGUAGUAUAAAACGUAACUGUAAGUGUAAAAUACACUUUAUGCGAGAAGUAACUUAGACUAUUUUACUACUUUCUCUUGCCAAAUCAUUUGGAGUUUUUUUUUAAUUAAAAUGAGAGAAAUAAUUUCCAUUGGAAAAGUAAGAACGUUUUUUAAUUAAUUUCAACGUGAUUUUUAGGUCAAUAGCUUUAAUUGCAAACCCCGAGUUAUUAAUUUUGAAUAGCUAUACUAUUGUGAUACGUAACGAUGUACUGAAUAUUUUGUGUAGUAUAUUAAUAUUUAAGGUUACUAUGUAUGCUAAGGAUCAGUCUUUUAAAGAUGCAAUACAUUCUCUCUUCUGUACAGAAGUUGAAUCUUAGGGAGUUUUAAAGACUGGGCCUGAAGUGUAUUAUUUUUUGUUAUGAGAAUAAAUAAUAAUUAAAUAAAA